AUGAUUCUGAAAAACAUCCGAACAAUAGACGUUCAGGACGUCAAUGACAACCCUCCGAUCUUCCAGAACAAAACAUACAGCACCACAGUGUCAGAGACGACGGCUGUGGGUUCAGAUGUGCUCCGGGUGAGGGCUGAAGAUGCAGAUGUGUCUACAGAAAACAACAGAAUUACAUAUUCUAUACUGCCUCCAGUACCAGAUGACUUUGAAGUGAGAAAUGAUGGUAACAUCAGGUUGAAACAACGUCUGAACUACAACAAAGUUCACCAGUACAUCUUCACUGUGGAAGCAAGAGAUACAGGAGGAUUCAGUGACACUGCAACAGUUACAAUAACGGUUGAAGAUUUUGACAGCCUAAACCCUUCUUUUGAUCACAGUCUCUAUGAAGCAUCCAUUGAGGAAAACCAGGUAGGACAACUGUCAGACGUCACUCCUGAGGCCAUAAAAGCUCAAGAUGGCGACACGGGCAUCAACGAACCUAUAGUUUACAGUAUAACCGCAGUCUUUCCUAAUGAAUAUCAGAGCUUCUUCAAUAUUGAUGAAAGGACUGGGGUCAUCUCUGCGACAACGGCACUAGACAGAGAGGAAUUUGAGCAGAUAACGGUUUACAUACAGGCAGCGCAGCAGGAUGAUGCCAGCAAAACAACAAAUGCUGUGGUGUCCGUCACCAUUGAGGAUGUGAAUGACAACCCGCCGGAAUUUGACCAGGAUCAAUACACAGUAUCUAUUCCAGAAAAUUCACCACAGGGCCAGUUUGUGCUUCAGACAAGAGUCACUGACCUAGACCUGGGAGGAUUUAUGGGAACACUGCGGAUUAUUCCAGACUCCGUCCCUUUUUCCAUCAGCCUUGACGGAACUAUUCUGGUGAAAAGUUCUGCAGACCUAGACAGAGAGACCACAGAUAGCUUCAGUUUUCAAGUUGAAGCACAAGAAAACCCUCCUUCCACCAACAAAGCAACAGCAGAAGUGACCAUUGUCCUCCUGGAUGAGAAUGACAACAGUCCACAGUUUACAACUUCCAAGUAUGAGGGCAAAGUUUUCAGCAAUCAGACUAUUGGAAUGCAAGUUGUCAAGGUUGAAGCAACAGACCUGGAUGAUGGUUCAAAUGGGGAAAUCAGCUACUCAAUUGAGUUUGGAAAUGAGAAAGGUCAUUUUGAAAUGAAUGAGAAUGAUGGGGAGAUUACACUAGUUAAAGAAAUCGGCCUGCUGGACAAUAAAAUCAUUGAAUUUGCACUCUAUGUGACUGCAAAAGAUGGGGGUGCUAUAAGCAGAUCAACCUCUGCAAUAGUGAAUGUCAAGGCACCUGGAGAGUCUCAUCCUCAGUUCCUUCGGGACACCUACCAGGGACAAGUAGAGGAGGAUCAGGCAGACGCAGACAUCGUGAAGGUUGACUUCCUGUCCCUUGAUCCUAUGGUUCUUGUCAUCUUAAGGGUUGAGAGUGAUGAUGACAAGUUCUCUAUAAACCAGGACACAGGUGUUCUCUCGACCAAAGUCAAACUAGACUUUGAGGAGACGAGCAGCUACACUGUGCAGGUGUCGAUAUCAGAUGGAACUAACCGGGAUGAGGCAUCAGUCCUGGUUGAGGUGCUGGACAUCAAUGACAACAGUCCAGAGUUUGAAAUUCACCCUGCUACUGUCCCAGUACCAGAGGAUUACACGGUGGGAGAUGAUGUAACCUCCGUAACAGCCACAGAUGCGGAUUUAGGGUUUAAUGGUGAAGUGCGAUACACCAUCCUGGGAGGUGUUGGGAGAUUUAGUGUUGACCAAGAAACGGGAGUGAUAACUCUAGCAGCUCCACUUGACAGGGAGACCCAAGAUGAGUACCGCUUAGUGAUCACUGCCCAAGAUCAGGGUCGGCCGUCACGUUCCGCUACCACCACUCUGGACAUCUCCGUAACUGACAUCAACGACAAUGCUCCCAUAUUUUCCAAACAGCAGUAUGAGACCACAGUGUCUGAGCAUGCUGAAGUAGGAACAAAUGUCAUAGACAUCCUGGCGACAGACAAAGAUGAUGGUGAAAAUGCAAUUGUGACUUAUCACAUUGUCAAGCAGGAGCCUUCUUCAACACCAUACGUCUUUACCAUCGAUGAAGAGUCUGGUUCCAUAAGCCUAGCUGGAAAACUGGAUUAUGGCAAAGCUAAGCGGUACACUCUAGAGGUGGAGGGACGAGAUGGAGGAAACCCCGUUCUCAAUGGCAGUACUUCUGUAACGGUGUCGAUUGAGGACGUAAACGAUAAAGCUCCUGUGUUCAGUAAGGACCAGUAUGACGUGUCCGUCUAUGAAAACCUUGCAGGUGGAACUGCUCUGGAUUCUUUGGAAGUUUCAGAUGAGGAUGAGGGUGGGUUCUCUAAAGGUCAGUUUAUCAUGAACAGUGAUACCUUCAUUAUCAACAGUCAAGGAGUAAUAUCACUCAGGAGUGAUGCCACCUUGGAUAGAGAAACUAUAGACAAAUAUAACAUUGAGGUAAUAGCUGUAGACCAGCCUGUUGAGGGUUUAAGCUCCACAGCUCAGGUCACGAUCACUGUUCUGGACGUCAACGACAACAACCCACAAUUCCUUCCUCUCCCAGAGCCCAUUGAGAUUCUGGAAGGUGUGUACACUCCCUCAUCACCUGGAGAGGUGUGCUUAAUCUCAGCCACAGACUCUGACAUUGGAGACAAUGGACGUGUCACCAUGACUAUUUCUUCUUAUAGCAAUAUCUUCAGCUUCAAAGAUGAUGGGACUCUACUAGCUAUCGUGGAGCUGGAUCGAGAGACACAAGAUGUGUAUGAUUUGGUCAUUGUUGCUGUGGAUCAUGGGAGCCCACAGGGAAAUGUAACUUCCUUUUCUUUGUAGAAUUAACAUGAUCUAACUUCAAUACAGUUUUGUUAUUCUACAUUCUUAGUCACAACCUCAGACAGCAUUCCCACAGUCUGUUUACGGAUUACUGGUACAUACUGCCAAUAUAACAAAAAAAUCUUGAACCUGAACUAGACAAAACA